AAAAUUUUACUCUGCCAUAAGUUAUUGGCUCCGUCCCCGAGUGAGGAUAAAAAUAGGAUUGCAUGGAUAGGAUAGGAUGGAAUACUGUGGGUAGAAACAAGGAGAUGGGCAUGUCGGUGGGGCUAUUUCAAUUUGCUACACCCUUUCAGAGCGAGGUAGACCAAGGGAGCGAGGCAGCAGACGAUGAAGAUCAUGGGACUAGCACAGAGCACAGAGCGAAGGUCAAAGAAGCACCAAAAGAUAUAACGGAGCAGCUAGCUAGAAUAGAGGCCGUCAGAGACAAGGAUGGCUGGACCUAUGAACAAAUGUGGAAGACCUUCCUCAAGUUCGGACGUGUAUUUGCCAUAUAUAGCCCUCAGAGAAAGAACAAGGAAGGAAGCACAUUUGGUUUUGUGCACUUCCUGGACGUCAAGGAUGAGAGGAGCCUAAGGAAACAGUUAGAUCAGACCCAGAUUGGCAAGCAAAAGCUCAAAAUCCACCCUCAUCGUUUUAACACUAAACCAAAACCGGUAAACCCCAAACACCAUACAAACACUGUAGGGAGCCCAAAACCAAGCUACGUGGAGGUAGUAAAAGGCAUUGGAGCCAAUAGAGGUAUCAAACCUGCCCAACUUGGGAUAACAAGCAAUAAUGGAAAAACAAAACAAAAAUGGGUAGAGAAACAGAGGGAAUUGCAUUGGACUGGACUUGAGUUCAACCCUAGGCAUGAAGACUGGGAAUGGUUUGAGGGAUGCUUUGUUGGAAUAGCUAGAUCAGUAGAGAUUGUGCCCAUACUUCAAGAAAGACUAUACAUGGAUGGGCUUUUCUCAAUCAAGCUUCGAGCAAUGGGUGGGAAACUUGUCCUUAUGGAUUGUGAUGAUAAAGAGGAAUUGAAAGGACUAGUUGAGUUAGCAAAAGAUUGGCUGGGGCAGUGGUUUGUCAACAUUAAGCAUUGGACCCCCCAAAUGGUUGCCAAAAAGAGAUUUGUUUGGCUGAAGUGUUAUGGAGUUCCUCUUCAUGGAUGGGGUCCUGAAUUCUUCAUCUCAAUUGCAAAUCUAUGGGGGAAUUUUAUCACCCUAAACGAAAGCACUAGCUCUAAAAAGAGGUUUGAUGUUGCAAGACAUCCAACAGUCCUCCCAUCAAACUUUGAGGAAGAUUGUAGUGAAUCUUGGUCCUCCGACUACCCAUCUGAAGACACUCAAAUAUCUGGCCAGAAUGGAGCCUUACAUGGCGGCAACUCUAACCCGGCAUCCGGUGGAGAUGACGAUGAUGAUGUGGCACUAAAGGACAACCAGGUAGUGGGGGAGUCAACUAGGGUGAGGUUUUCAAAGGAUCCUUCAAACUGGAACAGUGCAAACAAUAAAUUCAACUGGUUGGAUGGGAUGGCUAUUUGUUCCCAAGAAAGGUGUGAGGAGGGAUGUUCAGUAAACGUAGUUGGUGAUAAUUUGACACCGCUGAAAAAUCCGAAUGAUUACAAGAUUUUGAAUGGGGAUGAUGCCCAACAAAACUCCACCAACUUGCAAGAAUUUAACAACGUUGGGCCUAAUGUCAAUGUUAACUAUGAUGGGCUUAGCAAAUCAACACCUGGUUGCAGCAAAUCCAUUCCAAUGCAAUCAACUGUUGUAGUUGCAUCACUCAAUAGCCUAGUGAAUCUGGAAAAUAAAUCCAAGGGUAAGGCUGAUCUCGAGCAGCAAUUGGAAGAGGACUCAGGUGAGGAUGAUGAAAUAAACUCUUUCUGGUAUGGAUUAGCUAGCAAUUCUGAGAUAAUCAAAGAAAGAACAAGCCAAGGCGCAAGGAAGAAACAGAGAAGGAAGAAGAGUAAGAAGACCAGAUUGUGCCUAGCGGAGGACACCAACUCUGUAGUGGGGGCAUCAAUUACAGAUAGCGCUAUUGAAAACUACAAUAGAGGGUUUCAUAACAAGGAUAAAGUCACUUCAGCUUUAGAUGCGUGGAAUCUCAUCAAGGAAAUGGGUUUGGGUGCUAAUGGGAAUGAAGAUGAAAUCAUCAAGAAGAUUGAGUUGAUGGAGCAGAGAGACAUUAAUGUUAAAAAACAAGCACUGGAAAGGAAUACGGUGAACGAUGGUGAGAUUGACAAGCCAGGCUUCCAUGAAAUGGUAAUGGAUACAUGGAGAACAGUUGAUGUUCAAGGAUGGAAAGGCUAUUGUCUUAAGGAGAAAAUCAAGCUUGUCAGGGAAGGGCAGUGGAGACAGAAAGCUAGGAAACAAUGGUUGAGAGAGGGAGACGCAAAUUCCAAAUUCUACCACAAAUGUAUUAGCAGCAGACAAUGUAAGAAAGAGAUUGUCAAUAUCCAGGUAAAUGGCAAGAAGUUAGAAGAAGUUGAUAAAAUAAAAAAUGGCAUAUCAAAGUACUUCGAAAAUCUGUUUAAAGAAGAAGAAUGGAAAAGGCCGAAUAUGGAUGGCAUCUCUUUCAAACAAAUUUCCCAAGCCCAAAAUGAUCUACUUGUUAUGCCAUUUAGUGAAGAUGAAAUCAAAGUAGCAGUGUGGGACUGUGGGAGUGACAAGACUCCGGGACCUAACCCACAAAGAAUUGAGGAGUUUAGGCCUAUUUCACUCAUUGGCUCCCUGUACAAAAUUGUUGCUAAAUUGCUUGCCAAUAGGCUACACUCAAUAAUAGCUGACAUUAUUGGGGAACAUUAUGUGGCCUUGAUUGAAGGUAGGCAUUUAUGUGAAGGAGUUGUCACAGAAAAUGAAAUUAUUGACGAAGCUAAGAGGAAAAAGAAGAAGAGUUUUGUUUUCAAAGUGGACUUUGAAAAGGCUUUCAACAAGGUGAACUGGAACUUCCUUGAUUAUAUGAUGAUGAGACUUGGAUUUAAUGAAAUAUGGAGAAAAUGGAUCAUGGAGUGUCUUCAAACUAGUUUAUUGUCGGUGUUGGUCAACGGUAGCCCAUCUAAACAAUUUCCUGUCUCAAGGGGAUUAAAGCAAGGAGAUCCAUUGUUUCCCUUCCUAUUCCUAAUCAUUGCAAAAGGAUUGAACAAAAUCAUCAAUACUGCACUUGAUAGGGGAUUGUAUGAAGGAAUAAAAGUGGGGAAUUCGGGGAUUUGAUUCUUUUACAUCCAAUUUGCAGGCGACACGAUCAUUUUUUGGGAAGCUUAUGAAGAAAAACAUCCAGGUUGU